AUUCUAAAUAGCAAAAGCUAAGGAAGAUAUGUUUGGAAUUCGACUUAUUUUUUCAGUGUAAUUGUUUGCUCUAACUCAUAUGUUUAAAGUGGAAGUAUUUGAGUUACAAAUGGGUUCGGAACAAAGUAGCCAGUCAGCUAGAUCCCAAAGUGUCAAAUCAACAACUAAAGUAAAGGAACCUCAGAAUGUUAGAUGUUCUUCUCCUAGGCCAUCAAUUAGUUCCGAUUCUGAUAUUCCGUACAUAUCGUAUACUGUAAAUCGCCCUAUUGGAGGUAAUUUUACAUUUUUUUUCCCCUUGCAGAAAAUACCAACUUUUCAUCCAAUCAUGCGGGGUGCUUUAAACAUUCCAACUAUCCAAGAUCAAGAAAUUCUUGACAAAUUGGACCAUCAAUGUAUACUAAAUCUCUGCCAAAGAUAUCAAGAGCACCUUAAGCUUUGUGCUGAAAUUGUCAGUGCUGAACAGAAUGUUCUUACGCAAAGGAUACGUGAGAUCGAUUUUGCCAUCACCACACUUACUAAUGUAUUGACAGAGCGUCAGAAAAAGUUUGUUAAGCAUGCAGAACAAAUUGGAAAAGUUCAGGAAAUAUCCAACAAUCUCCAACGUUGUCAAACUACUCUGAAAGACAUAAUUGAUGAUAUGGAAAAACUGAACAACAUUCUUCCACCCGAGGAAAGACUCGAACCUUUCGUCAUGGUUACUGGAUAGGAUUGGGAAAGUGAAUGCUCUGAGGCAUUCACUUCUUUAUUUGAGGCUGAACAUUCUCUCAAUUUGAAGACUAAUAUUCUAAAUUAAUGUGUUCUUGUUCUAAGCCAGGGCUGUGGAGCAAGAAUUAACGAUAAUUAUGCAGGAAUUGGAAAUAAAUGCAUGUAUCCGACUCCAUUGAAUUAAAAUUCAGGUCCUCUAGGUUAAAGGAAGAAAAGAAGUCUCUGAUCUUGUGAAAAAUUAUUUCGACAAAUAUUUAUAAUUAUCUGAACUUGUUAAUUAUGUAUUUGAAUAAUUAUUACUGCAAUGUUAUAAUUAUUACAAGAUUUUACUAAGUCAAUUAUAAAAAUAAUGCAAGAGUCAGAUCUUAAUAUUAGAAGAACUGGAAAGUAAUGUUGUUUCGGUGCAUUUGAUAUUUGUUAUUAAGAUUUUAUCUUUAAUCAAUAACCUUUUCACCCUCGUUUGCAACAACCUUGCAAUGUCGAAUUGAAAAUGGAUUUAAAAAAUGAAUUGGUUUUUAAGGCUAACAAAUAUUUAAUGCUCCGAAACGACAUUACUUAUCGAUCCCCCUAAUACUUUCCUAAGAUUGGGUGAAAGUUAAAAUAGAGCAUCAGUCGGAGCCAGAGUUAAAUACAAUUAUGCAGGAAUCAAAAAUUUGCUCAACUUUGAUUCCAUUUAAUUACUAGUCAGGUUUUUUAUAAGAUAAAAGAAAUCAUUUAUCUUGUAGGUAAUUGUUUUUACAAAUAUUUAUAAUUAUGUGAACUGGUACUUUAAUUAUUGUAAUAAAGUUUUGACUUUUAAAAUAUAUUACUAAUUCAAAUAUAAAUCUACUGCAAGUAUAAUCUUAAUACUUCUGUAAAAUUUGGUGAAAGCUAAAAUAGAAUGUAAGUUGGACUCCUAGUAGGUUUCUCAGACUACCAACUCCAUGGCUUUGGUUUAGACUGAAGGAUUUUGUUUAAAUAUUAUUCUAGAUUGAAGUUUUUGUCAUAUUUUAUUAUGAAAAUAUUUUAAAUGUAUAUUUCAUUGAAAUAAUAAUGUUCUUAACUGAUGCAAAUUCAACGCUUGAGUGGAACAUUUUAACUAUCAACUCCACAUCUAUAGAUUACCUGGAAGCAGUCAGUAACUGGAAAUUUUUUAUAUUCCAGUGAUGUAUUUAAAAUUUUCGAAUAUUCUUGUUAAUAACAAUACUUUCAUUCAUAUAAUUAUAUGUUUGUACAGUCGUAUUUUCAGUACAUAAUUAGCAUACUUUUAUUUUACUUAUUGCAAUUCUAUUAUUAAAUUAUAGUAUAGGUUUUAAAGUAUAAUAUUAAUAAAGUAUUACUGACGUAAAUUUAAGAUUAAAAUUGUGAGUGAUUAUACAUUUCACUAGGAAUAAAAAAAAUUUAUAGUUUAGUUUAUAAAUUUUAACUAGUAAAUUUUGCAAAAAAAUAAUUGAUAUCUUUAAUAUUAAACACUGUAAUAUACGAUAAAAUUUUUUUUUAAGAAAUUGUAAUUUAAGACAAAUUUUAGAUGUGUAGUAUGAUUUUAUGCUUUAUCUAGUUAGGAACUAAAUCUAGUAUUGGAGCAUAUGAAGAUUUUUAUGAAAUAUUUUAAUAAAAUAUAUCCAUAUUAUAUAUUCUGUUCUCCUCAUUAAAUAUAUCAUAUGGAUCCUUAAAAACUGGAUUGUAUCUUUGAUGUUGGAUGAGGAAACUAUUAAUGCUUAUUACUUAAUAUUCUUUUAAAAUAGAACACUUCAUUUUUUUUAACAAUCUUAUUUAAAAACACACCUUGUAUCUAGUCAUAUGUAGAAUUGUAAAUAUAUAUUUUUUGUGAUAGUAUUGAUUGACAAACAAAGAAAAAAAUAUUUUUGAGAAAUUAAAUGAUUAUUGCACCUCAAAGUGAGAUAUGAUUACAUCUAUAGAUUCCUUAAAUAAGAAUGGUAGAACUUGGGACACUAGAUAUAUGAAAUCAUUGAGAAUGUUUCUACCAUCAUUGAACGUUUUAUAAAGAUUUUUUUUUUUUUUUUUUAAGAUUUUAAAUUAUUUUUGAUUUUGUCAUAUAAGUAUAUUUGUGAUUGUUUUGUUCAAGUAUUUAUUGUACAGUUUGUAUUUAUAAUUAUGGGUAAUUUCCCAUUACAAUUUUCAGGUUUGCAGAUUUUAAACGCAUAAAGCUCAAUUCUUUUUUUAAAAAUAUCAAGCUCUUGUAAGAAUUUUUACACAUUUACAACUACUCCAAUUUUAAAACUAUUAGGAUAAUAACUUUCAAAAAUUUCAAUUUUUGAAAGAAUUAAAAAAUGAGCUGUUACUGACGUAACAUUGUAACAUGCAGUUCUUAACUUUUAAAACUAAUGAAAAUUACCAAAAAAAAAGGAGUAAGUGUAAAUAGAACCAAGAGUUAUUUUAAAUCCAACCCAAAGUUGUGAAUGUGACAUUUACACAAACUAAAUUGGCCACUAGUAAAAAAUAUUUUAAAACAUUGGUUUAAAUUUUUAUGGAUUUCAAUGUUGACCAGUUACAUAUACAUUAGUAUAAAUUAACAAGUUGCCUCACAUUUUAUUUAUUUCUUUAAAUGUUUUUUCAUAUUUCCACCCACAGCAACAUAAAAAAGACAUGCAUUUUCAUCUUUCAGUACAAAAACACUAAAUUAUAACAACUGUGUGAACUGUGUUCUUUUUUAUAUGUUAGACAAUAAUGUUUAAACAAACAUUCGAUUAAAAAACUUAAUAACUCUCCUAGUUCUUGCUCGUGUAGGAUAUAUUUAAAGUUUUAGAAUGUGAUUUGUGCAUGACUAAUAAAAAGAUGACACCCACAAACAUUUGCAAAGCAAAUCUUUUUGAAAUUAAUAUAUUAAUAGAUAAUAUGGUAGUAAUAUCAAAGUAAUAAAUUAAUUUUUCUUUGCCUCUCAUUCUGCUUUUGUUACUGUAAUUUUUUAUUUAAUAAUUUUUUUUUUGGCUGUUACUGUUUCUCCCCUUGCUUUUAUCCGUUUCCCUCUAUUGUGUAGAUAUUCUGCAUAUUUAAGGUGUUUUUCUUAUAUCUAUUGACAAGGAUUUCGUUAUCCUUCUGUAUUAUUCCUUUUUCCGAAAAAGAAAUUGAUGUAUAAAUUGCUUAAUUUCAAGCUCAGUCUCUACAAUUUAUGCUAACUUCAUAAACAAUUUAAAUAACAGUUUCAAUGAUUGUUUUCUUUUUUCUUAUUCCUACUUUUUAUUUAUAUUAAGCAAUAAAUAAAUAAAAAACCUGCUCCUAAUAUUAUAUUUAUUUAAAAAAAAUGCUAUGAAAUAACAAAUUUAUGCAAGUAUAUUUUAAAAAAAUAUAUAUAUUGCUAAAAAGUUUUUUUUUUUCCAAUUAUUUUUUAAUCAUAUGUCGUUUACUAAAAUAUUUUCCUGCAACAACUUAUCAAUCCAAACUGAAUUAAUAUACAAUUGUUCAUGCGCUAAUGAGACUAAUUUUGAUUCGCUAACUGGUAUUCACACAACUAAUUCAAAGAGUAUAGUUACUGUUGUCAUUUACAUAUUUUCCAGCAUGUUAUUUUUACAUAAAUUUGCUGAACAGAUUGUUUAAAUUACAUUAAUGUUCAAUUUAAAAUCAUGUCGCGUAUGUGACUUUAAAUAAAUGUCAUCCUCUCAACUCCUUAUAACUUUAAUUAAGAUAUUUUUUUUCUUCUGUGUUUUAAAGUAUCUUAAAGAACUAUUUCAGAAUACAAAGUAUCAAAACUUACGCUGAAAGAAAUGACUUUAUGUUGUGGGUGCGACUAUAAUUAAGAAUAAAAUUAAAUAUGUUUACCUUUUGUAAUGAAGAUUCUGCAGGCAAAAACUCCUCUAUAAUAACUGUCAGAUUAUACACAUAAGUUUAGGGAUUUGCUGAAUUACUUGUUCAGCUAUACAAGACCAUAAAACAUAAAGAUUUUUGGCACAUUAUUUCCACACAGACAUAGUGUCAUUUUUUAAACUAAAAUAACAAAGUUAAUAGAGAAAAAAAUUUUUUUAUUAAAAUAUAAAAUAGUUUAUACUUUUACAAUUAAUAUUCAAUAUUUUAAAUUUAUUUAAGAAAGUUAAAAUUUUUAUCCUCAUGUUCACUUUUUUGUGGAUUGAAGUGUUUAACAGAAAUUUUUAGGUUUUCUUGAUUUGAUUUUUUUUUAAAACUGAGUUGAGUGCUUUUAAAGUCAGCAAAUAUGGCAUUCGUAAAUGGUUUGAUUAAAAUGUAAUAAUUAGAGUAGUGUUAUUUUUUUUCUUGUGUAAUAUAAGUUUUCUUGUAUAAUAUAAGUUAUUAACUUGUGUAAUAUAAGUUAUUAACAGAUUUACAUUGUUGUAAAAUAUAUCUGAGAAAAUAUUGAACUAAGUAUAAAUAUUUGAAGUGUGUAAAUAUAAAGUGUAAUUACAGCAGUA